UAUGGGUGGACUCAGAGGAAGGGGAAGCUGUGUGUAUUUUGUUUUCAUUUAGCUCUACCUGUGGGCAGGCUCAGUCCAAAGUUGUAGUAUAUGUAGUGUUGGACAUGUUGUUUACCUGUAUUUUGGAGAUGUGGUUGUGGAUCAUAACUGGCUUCAACAUCCUUAUAAAUGUGCAUGGUUUUGCAAGUGGUGGCUUCCCACAGUCAUGUGGAUCAAUGUUACCGGAACAUGGAAAUCCAGCUCAUGACACUGAACCCCCCUUUCUGAUCUCUUACGAAGAAGGCAAUGAUGAAGAGCUUUUUACAGUUUCUCUGAGAAGCAAGAACUCCAUUAGAUUUAAAGGAUUCAUGUUGCAGGCUCGAGAUGAAGAAGACAAUCUUGUCGGAACAUUUAAAGCCCUUAAUGCAUACCCAACCACUCUUCUGGACUGUGAUGGUACAAAAGCCUCAGCUGUCAGUCAAGGAGACAUUCAGGACAAGAGGUUGUUUGAGGUUCAAUGGAUAUGGCCAGUGGAGUCGCGAAAAAACAAAACAAAUUUCAGGGCCACAUUUUUGAGUGAUUUCAGAACAUUCUGGGUAAAUGUCUUAAGCCCCGUAAACCCCACAACAACUACAACUAAUGAGCCAGGCACCACAAAGCCAAAUACUACCCCAGGUACCACAAAACCAGAUACUACCCCAGGUACCACAAAGCCAGAUACUACCCCAGGUACCACAAAGCCAAAUACUACCCCAGGUACCACAAAGUCAAGCAUUCUGUCACCAUCUACUUUUAAGCAACCCAUAGUACUCAUGGUGAUCGACAGUCUUCUGGUGCCUGUGAAGUUGGAAAUGUCUAACAUGAUCACUAACAGCCCCCUUUCUCGUCGCCUUGACAGGAUGUCAAAGAUAUUGUUCCUUGUGACUUGUGGAGCAUUGGAAAUAGCAGCGUUAUGCUUGACAAUUGUGUUUUAUCAAUUACAAGCCACUCUCAUUGCUCUGGCGUGUGUGGUGAUCACCUUGACUAUCGUGGAGAUAGUGAACAUCUGUCUUCCACUUGGACCCAGUCAUGAGCUUUCAAGAAAGGAGAUCUGUGACCUCUGUGCCAAAGUGUGUUCUGUCAUCCAUGAGGCUUUUACACUUGCUUUCAUCUAUGUCGGUUGUUUGGAGAUAAUUGACAGCACAAAGAACAGGACAGAGCCAUGGCCUCUGUGGACAUUGAUUGCUUACACAAUGUGGAUUGUCCUGGUUGUAGUUUGGGUUUUUGUAACCACUACUGAGAGGAAUGCCAUUCCAAGGAGGAAAAAAAGAGAGACUUCAUCAAUGAACUCUGGGCACCGAGGUCAGAGGAAAGAGGUGAUGCUCCAUGCAGCUAAAGUGGCUGUUAGAGCUGGCUCAGGAAUCGUCAUCAUUGGGACUAUUGCUUUUGCUGUAGCUCUCAUUGUUGGGAUAUUGUAAAUUCCAGAAAAGUAGCAUGCACAUAAAGGUGUGCCUGUACUUUACCAGCAUUUGAAUCACAGUUGCUUUUCAACAGAGUUGCUCUGAUAACAAUGCCAGUAUUGGUACCGGCCAACAAUACUGUGUAACAUAUAAUUUCUCAUAUCAGCAAACAGCCUGUCAACGCACUUAUUUGAUGAUUCAUAGCUUGAUCCGAAAAGGUUUUAAGAGUCAUAGGUGGGUAGAGGUUAAAGGCUUAUAUUUACUAGCUGUUCCCCAGUUUGGUCAGAACUGAAGAAGCCUUUUGGAGGAGAGAUUAAACAUCUUCAAGAAUUUCUACUAAGUCUGCUUUGUAUCACCAUGACCUGGAUGUCUGAGAACCUUCACACACUUAUUUGAUUCCAUAUUUUUUUCAGCUCCUCCAAAAAAGUCAACUUGUUUCAACAACACAAUGCACACUAAGCGAAUGGGUAUUUUUAUAUAAGUCAAAGGAAACAAAAUGUGAGAUGGCAGUGUUUUUCCACCAAUGAUAGGUACCUUUUUUUUUUAUUAACAGUGGUAUCAGAAAGGGUACUUGGAAUAGGGGUGUGGAAAAAAAGGGGUAUCUGAUCAGCUCCACUUUUCAAACAAACAUAUUCUAUGUAUAUUUUGGAACAAAUGUGUCAUUAUGAAUUUCUAACUUUUUUUUUAAUACAUUAUUAAAUUAUAUUAAAAUGUUAGUUGCUCAUGUAAAGCAUUUUUUUCCUGCUUGUUUCCUCAUGAAUUGCACUUUAUAAGUUGAUCUUAAGAUAACAUAAAACCAAAUGUGAAAAUGCUG